AUGAGUAUUACCUACGAUAAAGUUAAUAAAAUAUGGUCUAGUGAAAGAGAAGAUCCCAUUUAUAGUGAGAGUACAUCAUUGGGACAAAUUGUCUAUCAACAAUUGCAAAAUUUUCCCAAUAAAGUGAUACAGAUCGAUGAUACAAAUAAUACCAAAGUAACGAGUCAGCAAACAUUACUCUGGGGCAUACGCAUAGCACAACACUUGAGAAAACUACAGUUGAGCGAGAACGAUGUUAUAAGCAUUGUGGCUAGCAAUACGACAUAUGUCCUACCCGCCGUACUGGGUUGUCUGUUUAAUGGUACACCAAUACAUACAGUUAAUCCAAAAUUGGACUUGGACACUAUUUCCCAUUGUUUAAAUAUAACCAAACCGAAAUUAAUAUUCUGCGAUGGAGAUAACUAUGAAUUAUUACAAAAGGCAUCAAGUUCGUUUAGGACUAAGUUGUAUACGUUAUCGGGACAUGUAAAAGGUGUAACCAAAAUUGAAGAUCUAUUGGAAGUUACAACAACCGAAAAUUCAUAUAGACCUGUAAAGUUAUCCAAGGGAAUUCAUCAAACCGUAGCAAUUCUUUGUUCUUCGGGGACAACUGGCAAGCCUAAAGCCGUUUGCAUUUCAUCUUCACUGUUCCUCAUACACGAUUGGGUCAAUAACUAUGACAGCGUUCUCUACAUAUCCAGUGGUAUUGAUUGGAUUACCGGCAUAUUUUUCCUUUACAGCAGCUGUAUACGAGGCUUUACAAGGAUAAUAUUUAACAAAAGUUUUGAAGCAGGUCACUUCUUGGAAAUUCUUCAUAAAUACAAAAUUACUACAGCUUUCCUAUCAUCCCGCUACGUUGCUGCAUUGGUUCAGCAUCCGAAUGUAUCCCGCGAAUCUCUAAAACACUUGAAAGCCAUAACAUUUGGUGGUUCGACGCUGAGUGAAGUAAAUUCGGAAAAAUUAAUACAAAUAUGUACUGAAAGUGCACAAAUUGGCUUUUGUUAUGGCAGCACAGAAAUGGGUCCAAUAACCCAAAGAUUGGAAAAACGGAAAUUCAAUUCAGUGGGAAAAUUAUUCAAUAAUCUUCAAAUGGCCAUUGUUACCGAUGACGGGCAGCAUUGUGGCCCAAAUGAAAUUGGAGAAAUUGUAAUCAGAAUGCCUCAUCCAUGGAAUGGUUAUUACAAUAACCCCCUUGAAACUGAAAAGGCCUUUGAUAGUCGGGGAUGGUUCCACAGUGGAGAUUUGGGUUAUGUAGAUGAUGAGCAUGAUUUAUUUAUUGUCGAUCGUAAAAAGGAAAUUUUGAAAUAUAGAGGCAUGCAAUUUUCAACAAAUGAAAUUGAAGGAGUCAUUGCUGAGCUGCAGGGGGUUCGUGAUGUCUGUGUGGUAUCUAUGGUUAAUGAAACCGAUGGUGAUUUGGCGGGAGCUUUGGUAGUAUUGGCUGAGGGGUGUACUUUAAAGGAGCGACAUAUUAUCGAACAUGUCAAGAAACGCCUGGUGUCACCGCAUAAACAUCUCAAUGCCGGAGCCUACUUUGUUGACAGGUUACCUCAGAAUUUAAAUGGUAAAUUAAUUAAGAAAGAAGCCAGAGAAUUAUUGAAGAUAUUGUCUCAGAAAAAUCAUUAG